GUGGGGUUGGCGGGUGGGGUACUCCAAGGGACAUCGCUGGCCCUAAGCGGGGACUUGCAUCUGUGAAGCUGGGUUCCCCAGGACUGAGUGUCUUGGGACAGGUCAAAGGGUGGGCACAAAGAAGGGAGGGGUGCUGGUCCCUCCGACUCCGGAUAACACCUUCCCUUCCCUUAGUCGCUGGUCCCCGCCUCCUCUCCGUGUGUUCAUCCCCGCGCCCUGCCUUCCCCCCCAACCUCCCCGCCCCCGCCUCCGGAGUCCCCGGGUCAGCCCAGCCUGCGCCCCACGUGAGGGGCGGGGGCGGGCGCCAGCGCCUUCCUGCUCUGCCCUUGUUUGGUGUCCCGGGGGCCGGCCCAGGGGUACUUAACCCGAACCGCCGCGGAGGGCGCCCGGAGUCGACCGCUCGGGCAGCGCCACCGCCAAGAGAGCCCCGAGACGCGGUAACGAGCGAAAGGAAGAAGAGGCACCGGUGGCCAUGGGGCUGGAGGCGGCGCGCGAGCUGGAGUGCGCGGCGCUGGGCACGCUGCUGCGGGAGCCGCGGGAGGCGGAACGCACGCUGCUGCUGGACUGCCGGCCCUUCCUGGCCUACUGCCACCGCCACGUGCGCGCCGCGCGCCCGGUGCCUUGGAACGCGCUGCUGCGCCGCCGUGCGCGCGGCCCCCCCGCCGCGGUUCUCGCCUGCCUGCUGCCCGACCGCGCGCUGCGGACGCGCCUGGUCCGCGGGGAGCUAGCGCGGGCAGUGGUGCUGGACGAGGGCAGUGCCUCGGUGGCGGAGCUCCGGCCGGACGGCCCGGCCCACGUGCUGCUGGCCGCGCUGCUGCAUGAGACCCGCGCGGGGCCCACCGCCGUGUACUUCCUGCGAGGAGGCUUCGACGGCUUCCAGGGCUGCUGUCCCGAUCUGUGCUCUGAGGCCCCCGCCCCUGCGCUGCCGCCGGCAGGGAGCAAAACCAACCGUUCCGACCCGAGGGCUCCCAUCUACGACCAGCCCAUCGAGUCUCUACCCGCUGCUGCUCCAGCCCUCCGGGGCUGGGCUGGGAAGGCCUCACCGCCCCUCUGCCCCCUCCAGGGUGGCCCUGUGGAGAUCUUGCCCUACCUGUUCCUGGGCAGCUGCAGCCAUUCGUCAGACCUGCAGGGGCUGCAGGCGUGUGGCAUCACAGCCGUCCUCAACGUGUCCGCCAGCUGCCCCAACCACUUUGAGGGCCUUUUCCGCUACAAGAGUAUCCCUGUGGAGGACAACCAGAUGGUGGAGAUCAGCGCCUGGUUCCAGGAGGCCAUAGGCUUCAUUGACUGGGUGAAGAACAGCGGAGGCCGGGUGCUGGUGCACUGCCAGGCCGGCAUCUCGCGCUCCGCCACCAUCUGCCUGGCCUACCUCAUGCAGAGUCGCCGUGUGCGGCUGGACGAGGCCUUUGACUUCGUUAAGCAGCGCCGGGGGGUCAUCUCCCCCAACUUCAGUUUCAUGGGGCAGCUGCUGCAGUUUGAGACCCAGGUGCUGUGUCACUGAGGUGGUGCCCCUCUGCCUGCCCGCCCCCCCCCCCCCCAACUGUGCUGGCAGGAGCUGACUGUGGACUGGUGGGCUCCUCUCUGGGCCAGCACAGUCCCCUCACCUCUGGGAGGGCUGCUACCUCCUCACAGUUUGAGAAGCCCCCACAUGGGGGCUCUAGGAAUGUCGGCAUGCUGGCCUUUCCGACCUGGUGCUCUUCUGCUGGGGGACUGAGGCUGGCCCUCAUUCGGGGUCGGGAACCGAAGGUGUGUCUGCUCUUUCCCAUCCCAUCCCCUGGCAGAAAUCAUCUGGACUCUAUACCGUGGACUCUCCCUGGUCCACCACCAUGUUGAAGCCCUUGGCAGCCUGAGAGCUCCAAGGAACAAGCUGUGACAACCAGGAGCCCUGUCUGUGGGUUGGUCCGCCCAGGGCCUGGAGCCCAAGCCCUGUGUUCCUGGGGAAGCUGGGGACUUGGGAAGUGAUGGGUGUGCCGUGCUGUGUGUGUCAGUCUGUGAGCCUUUCACGCCUGUGCUGGCGCUGGAAAGUUAUUUGUGCUCAGCUGACAUUUAACACUCCCUCCCCUGCUUCCUCCUAGCCCUGUGGGCAGGGGUUGGAAACUUAGCACUUUAUAUUUAUACAGAUCAUUCAGGAUGUGUCAAUAAAAUAUUGUUUUGUUUAAAAAA